AGUCCAAUAAAUCUAUUCUUCCUACGGAUUGCAAGCAGAGUUUUGCCAUAAAAGCCUGUUUUUUUCUUGAAUCCUUUGUAAACAGAUUCUCUUGAAUUUCUUUCUUAUCAAUUCCUUUGAAAAAUAUGGGAAAGAAUUUUUUCAGUCUAAACAAGAAGAACAAAUCACACCAAAACAGUUCUAAAUCUUUUUCUGAAUCUUCGAGUUCCGGGGGCGCGGCGGAUUCUUCACCCUCUCCGUCCAUCGCCAUCCGAAUCCAAGACUCCAACGACCUUCGCAACGUCUUUGAUAGGUAUGAUACCAAUGGGGAUGGGAAGAUCUCAUCCUCUGAGCUUGAAUCAAUGCUCAAGUGUCUGGGGAAUCCGGGAUCCGAGGAGGAGGUUGAGUCGAUGAUGAGGGCUGCGGAUUUGGACGGCGAUGGAUAUAUCAGCUUGGAAGAGUUUAUAUCGGUGAAUAAGAUGGAGACUGAUUCGGCGAAGUGUGUGGAAGAUUUGAGGAAUGCCUUUACUGUCUUUGAUCGUGACCAGAAUGGGCUGAUCUCUCCCGAAGAGCUGCACCAUGUCUUACGUGGGAUGGGGGAGAAGACGUCCUUGAAUGACUGUAAAGCCAUGAUCAAUGGCGUUGAUAGUAACGGUGACGGGGCUGUGAAUUUCGACGAGUUUAUGCAAAUGAUGACCCGAUCACAGAACUGACUUCGUAAAUAACUUCUUAUUUGUUGGUCUUGUUUUGUAAAUAUAAUCUCUUCUAAC